GACCAUUCUGACUCCAGCAAAGUGACAGGUCGUGGUGCUGCUAUACCUGGCGGCCGACUCUGACGUACCUAACGCAGCCCUACGGCAUCGCGAGAUACAUGGUGGUGUAUUUGUAUUCAUGGAGAAGCUGGCAAAUCCCAUGCCAUCAAGUCUGGUUCCGGCACAGAGCCUGUGAGGCACUGUCAAGCUGUGGCCAGCAUGCAGCUGCAAGGUCGUGCCAUCGCCCGGUGCAUGAUACCAGGUACUUCGGAGGCGAUGCCCGAAUAGCUGGGAAUCUAUCUACGGCUUGCAAUGGUCCACGUCGCCAUACUUUGGCCGCCGUUCUCUGAGCUGCGAGCAAAGGAACGGUCAUUUUCUCCUCACAAAGUCUGCAUCGACCAAUCGAUUUUGAAGCUUAUGAUGCUCAUCGCCAUCGCAAAACACACCGCAUCUUGCACAUGGUCAUCCGAAGUCGCCCGACGGUUAAAUGACCGCUUGCAGCCGCCGCAGCCACGACCACCAGUAGACGUCGUCGGCUGAUGAACAUUUAAUCUCAUUAGGUCGGAUGCGAUGGAAGCCGCAUGUGGCGGAAGGUUCGGCCCAAAGCCAUAAUUACGAAGGCUAUUUCCAAGGGUUCUUCAGUUACUUCCAUGAAGCUCGGCAUCGUGAAGUAACCAAUGAGGUUUCGGGAUUGACGUGAAACAAAAACGGCUAAGCCGUCAAGUAUAGGCCGCCACGCCGUCCUCGCCCCACGCCGACAUUAAUCUCCCACGUGGAGACAAGGGGCCGCACCAGUGAUGCGAGACCCCUGAACAUCGUCAGAACAUCGUCACAGGUGC